CUCCACUCCAGGCAAAUCCAGCCAGAGACUGAUUCUGAGCAGCAGUUCUGCCCGGCACUGACUCACUGGCCCUGCCAUGCCCACGCCACUGCUCCCGCUGCUGCUUCGAUUGCUGCUGUCCCGCCUGCUGCUGCCUGCUGCCCGCCUGGCCCGCCAAUACCUCCUGCCCCUGCUGCGCCGAUUGGCCCGCCGCCUGGGCUCCCAGGACAUGCGAGAGGCUUUGCUGGGCUGUCUGCUGUUCAUUCUCAGCCAGCGACACUCGCCAGACGCUGGGGAGGCCUCAAGAAUGGACCGCCUGGAGAGGAGGGAGAGGUUAGGCCCCCAAAAGUGAGGCCACAAGUCCUGGCAGCAGCUGUAUCCACAAAAUGCUUUCUUUUGGAGUAGGAUAAUCCUGGCACCAGCACUGACCAAAGCCUGCCCAGCGGACAGAAGAUAUAGUGAGGGUUGUGCAUGAGAGGGAUCUGCCACAGACAUGCCUCUCCACUCCUAACAGAAAUGUCUUUCUGGAAGAAUGCCUUGCAUCUAGCACAAAACUGAUUAUUGCCCCUCUGUCCUCCAGCAGUUCCUCCCAAAGACCACUCCUAAUCACCUCUGGCCUCAGGCGGGAGGGGAACUAACACCCACCCACCCCUGCCCUCCCUGCAAAUGGGAACAUCAAGGUUCCCAGUGCUUAACUGAGGGACAAGUGACAAUUUAGCAGAGAGGCAAGAUUUGAAUCCAGACCGUCUUCCAGACUCAGGACCUACCUUAAAAUAAUAUCUGCGUUGCCUAUGGAGGCAGACCUGCCUGCAAAGCCCAGCACUCAGCAAGUGCUCAAUAAAUAUUUGAUUUGAAUUCUUUCCAUGGCUUUGAAAGUCUAAUCACCCAGACUGCUGCUCUGCAAAACAGUUUAACCUGGCCUGGCAGUUGGUGGGGGUGGGGGAGAGGAGAGAUGGACAAUUGUACAAGGGUUUAUUUUGCUACCUAUUCCAUUGUGGUUUCAGUCCUCACAGCCUGGAAGUUGUUUCCCCCUGCUAAGUUUCGGUCAGUAUGUCACACUGUGACCCAGAAAUGGCUUGAGUCCAUCUAGGAGGAAGUUUGCCUGGCUAGCUCACAGUAGGGAGGAAAAUAUCCUCCAGCGAGUUUGAGGACUUCUCAGCUAGUGGUGGUGGGAAGA